AUGUCCAACACCGAGAUCAAUCAGGUUUUGGCCAAUUCGCUGUCUCCAGACGCGACUCUCCGCAAUGAUGCCGAACAACAACUUUCACAAGCCGCCGAAAACAACUUCCCCCUAUACCUUGCCACUCUAGUACAAGAACUUGCCAACGAGUCCGCGCAAGGUCCCAUCCGAGCCGCUGCCGGUAUUGCGCUCAAGAACGCCUUCACAGCCCGCGAUUUUGCGCGACACCAAGAACUCCAAUCCAAAUGGCUACAACAAACUGACGAUGACACGAAAGCGAGGGUCAAGGAGCUCACCCUCCAGACGCUUAGCUCAUCUAAUGCACAAGCUGGUACCGCUGCCGCUCAGGUCAUCGCCGCUGUCGCGGCUAUCGAGCUUCCUCGGGGUCAGUGGUCUGACUUGAUGACUAUUCUUGUCAAGAAUGUUAGCGAAGGUGCCCCUCAUCAGAAGCAGGCUUCUUUGACCACAAUCGGCUACGUUUGCGAAUCCCAGGACCCCGAGCUCAGGGCCAGCCUCAUCAGCCAUUCCAACGCCAUCCUCACAGCCGUUGUCCAGGGUGCGCGGAAGGAGGAGGAAAACCUCGAGGUUCGCCUCGCUGCCAUCACUGCCCUCGGCGACUCGCUCGAGUUUGUCGGUAACAACUUUCGAAAUGAAGGCGAACGUAAUUACAUCAUGCAAGUGGUUUGCGAGGCAACUCAGGCUUCGGAUCCCCGCAUACAGCAGGGCGCCUUUGGCUGUCUGAACCGCAUCAUGGGUCUCUACUAUGAUAACAUGCGCUUCUAUAUGGAGCGUGCCCUCUUUGGACUCACCAUCCUGGGCAUGAAGUCGGAUGACGAGGACGUUGCCAAACUCGCCGUCGAGUUUUGGAGCACGGUUUGUGAGGAAGAGAUCAGCAUUGAGGAUGAUAACGCGACAGUCGAGAACUCUGACCAGAUCCGGCCAUUUUACAACUUUGCUAGGGUCGCUGCCAACGAGGUCGUGCCUGUCCUUCUCUCCCUCCUUACCAAACAGGACGAGGACGCUACUGAUGACGAGUACAACCUUUCACGAGCUGCCUAUCAGUGCUUGUCCCUAUACGCCCAAGCCGUGGGCUCCUCUAUUCUCACACCCGUUCUCCAGUUUGUGGAGGGCAACUUGCGCAACGAUGACUGGCACAACCGUGACGCCGCCGUCUCUGCUUUUGGUGCUGUCAUGGAGGGUCCCGAGGAAAAGGUUUUGGAUCCCAUCAUCAAGCGUGCUCUCCUUCCCCUGAUUGCUAUGAUGGAUGAUAGCUCUUUGCACGUCAAGGACUCGACCGCUUACACCCUGGGCCGCAUUACUGAGGCGUGCCCGAGCGCCAUCGAUGCCGCGACCCACCUCCAGCCUCUGAUUCAGUCCCUCUUCAACGGUCUUACCAACCACCCCAAGAUGGCGGCUUCCUGCUGCUGGGCUCUCAUGAACUUGGCUGAGCGGUUUGCCGGCGAGCCCGGAGCUCAGAGCAACUCCCUCACUCCCCAUUUCAAUGACAGUGUCACUCACCUCCUUACCCUCUCUGCUCGCAAUGACUGCGACUCUGCCACCCGAACUGCCGUGUACGAAGUAUUGAACGUCUUCGUUCAGAACGCCGCCAACGAGAGCCUUCAGGCUGUUGCCUCGCUCUCCGAUGUCAUCCUCAAGAGGCUCGAGGAGACGGUCCCCAUGCAGUCCCAAGUCGUCAGCGUCGAGGACAAGAUUACCCUCUCUGACAUGCAGACCAGCUUGUCCACUGUCCUUCAGGCCAUCAUCCUCCGGCUCGACAAGGAGAUUGCGCCCCAAGGUGAUCGCAUCAUGCAGGUCCUGCUCCAGAUUCUCAGCACCGUGGGUGGCAAGUCUAGUGUUCCCGAGGCCGUAUUUGCAGGGAUUAGCGCUCUUGCGACAGCUGUUGGAGAAGACUUCGUCAAGUACAUGGAGGCCUUCAGCCCGUUCUUGUACAGCGCUCUUGGCAACCAGGACGAGCCUGGCCUCUGUUCCAUGGCUAUUGGCCUGGUCAGCGACAUCACCCGCUCCUUGGCGGAGCGCAGCCAACCCUACUGCGAUAACUUCAUGAACUAUCUCCUGAAUAACCUCAGGAGCACCACCCUCUCCAACCAGUUUAAGCCCGCUAUUCUCCAGUGCUUUGGUGAUAUUGCCGUUGCUAUUGAGGGCCACUUUGAGACGUAUCUGCCCGUCGUCGCCCAAGUCUUGCAGCAGGCCUCGAGCGUUACGGCCUCCCCGAGGGUCCUUACGAGAUCUGGUGCGCUUGAACAAUUCGUGCCUUCCAUCUUCACUCUCCUCCAGUUGAUCGCAGACGACCUCAACCGAAGCGAGGCCCUCAUGCGAUCGGCCAUGGGUGUCAUUGGCGAUCUUGCGGAUGCCUACCCUAACGGCGAGCUUGUAGAAGCUUUCCGCCAGGAGUGGCUCACUACCAUGAUUAAGCAGACAAAGUCCAACCGCGACUUCCAGCCUCGCACGAUCGAGACUGCUCGGUGGGCCCGCGAGUUGGUUAAGCGCCAAGUCGGUGGCCAGGCUGGAACCAUGCAGCAGGCCUAA